CCUUAAACCGGCAAGGGGCGGAGUGCGCCGAGGAGACAACCGGAUUAUACACCUCCUGUCUGGCGCUGGACGGCCGGUGGGACACUUCUCCAGAGGAUACUCCACGAUGACAACAGGGAAUCCGCUGGAGGAGGGCAGAGCUCCGGAGUAGUGCCGCGCACGCUGACCUUUAAACGCGACAGGUAUGAGAUCGCGAGGUGGGAGUGAAUCGCAGAGCCGCGCCGCAACAUGAUUCAGCUUCAAACUAGCGCUGCGCACUAGUGUGGAUCGGAGAGACGGGCGACACCGGGGAUGAGCCUCCUCUAAACUCCGCCGACUCGACUCGUGCGCUGGACGGUCGUUGACGCAGAGUGCGGUGCGCAACGAUGGCUACUCCCGCGCAGACGGAGACCAGGAAAUUUACGCGGGGUCUGGGUAAACCUGGCACGGCGGCUGAACUCAGGCAAAGUGUCUCAGAGGUGGUGAGGACGUCCGUGCUGGUUGUGAAACCCAAGGUCAUCGAGCCGCUGGACUAUGAAAAUGUAGUGUUGCAAAGGAAGACCCAGAUCCUUAGCGAUGUUCUUAGAGACAUGCUGCAGUUCCCCCUGGAGGACUUUGAGAUUUCAACUUUGAGGCGGCAAGGGAGAACACUCUACCCCACGGUGCCUGAAAAUGCAGAGAGGGGGGCCCAGAGUCUGUUUGUCCAAGAGUGCAUCAAGACCUACAAGUCUGACUGGCAUGUCGUCAACUACAAGUAUGAAGACUAUUCUGGAGACUUUCGACAGCUUCCACACAAAGUUUCCCGGCCUGAUAAACUGGCUGUCCAUGUAUUCGAAGUGGAUGAGGAAGUUGACAAAGAUGAGGAUACGGCCUCCCUGGGAUCCCAGAAAGGCGGGAUCACCAAACAUGGCUGGCUAUAUAAAGGCAACAUGAACAGUGCCAUCAGCGUCACCAUGAAGUCAUUCAAGAGGAGGUAUUUCCACCUAACCCAGCUUGGGGAUGGCUCUUACAAUUUAAACUUCUACAAGGAUGAGAAAAUCUCCAAAGAACCCAAAGGAACCAUUUUCUUGGACUCCUGUAUGGGUGUGGUUCAGAACAACAAGGUUCGGAGGUUUGCUUUCGAGCUGAAGAUGCAGGAUAAGAGCACAUACCUGCUGGCUGCAGACAGUGAAGGAGAGAUGGAGGAUUGGAUCAACACACUCAACAAGAUCCUGCACAGCAGCUUUGAGAUUGCCAUGCAGGAAAAGAGGAAUGGAGACAUUCAUGAUGAUGAUGAUCUUGGAAAGUCAGACAGUUCCUCUGGCAGCAUGGACAGCUUUCAGAGCACUAGAGAUAUAGAGUCUUGGAUGAGGAACGAGACCAGAUUGAAGCUGUUCACCCUGGACCCUGACACACAGAAACUAGAUUUCUCAGGUAUAGAACCGGAUGUGAAGCAGUUUGAAGAGAAGUUUGGCAAACGUGUUCUGGUGAACUGCAAUGACCUCUCAUUCAAUCUGCAAAGCUGUGUGGCCGAGAACGAAGAAGGACCAACAACAAACGUGGAGCCCUUCUAUGUCACUCUCUCCCUGUUUGAUAUCCAGAAUGGGAGGAAGAUCUCCUCUGACUUCCACGUGGACUUAAACCACUCGUCCGUGAGGGGCAUGGUGCCCAAUACCGACAGCCAGUAUAUGAACGGGGGAGGGGACACUCACCCUGAGGGGCAACGGUUGGUCCAUGGGGUGCCAGAGGCAGCCAUGCAGUAUCCCAGACAGGGAGUGUUCUCAGUAACGUGCCCUCACCCGGAUAUCUUCCUGGUGGCUCGCAUAGAGAAGGUGCUUCAGGGGGGAAUCAACCACUGUGCCGAGCCGUACAUGAAGAGUUCAGACUCCACCAAGGUGGCACAGAAGGUCCUGAAAAAUGCCAAGCUGGCAUGUAGCCGGUUAGGCCAGUACAGGAUGCCUUUUGCCUGGGCAGCAAGGCCUUUGUUCAAAGAUGCUUCAGGGACGCUUGACAAAAGUGCUCGCUUCUCAGCUCUGUACAGACAGGACAGCAACAAGCUGUCCAAUGAUGAUAUGCUCAAGCUGCUGGCUGAUUUCAGAAAGCCAGAGAAGAUGGCCAAGCUGCCUGUAAUCCUAGGAAACCUUGAUGUUACUAUUGACAGCGUAGCCCCUGACUUGACAAAUUGUGUUACCUCAUCCUACAUUCCUGUGAAGCAGUUUGAUGUCAGCGAGAAGGCCAACAUCUUCUUUGAAGUGGAGGAGUUUGUGCCGUGCAUAGCCAAAUGUUCUCAGCCUUUCACCAUCUACAACAAUCACCUCUACGUCUACCCGAAGGACUUGAAGUACGACAGCCAAAAGUCAUUUGCAAAGGCUAGAAACAUAGCUGUCUGCAUUGAGUUCAAGGACUCGGAUGAAGAAGAGGCUGUGUCACUGAAGUGCAUCUACGGUCGGCCUGGAGGACCCUUAUUUACCAAAAAUGCCUUUGCUUCAGUAUUACAUCACCAGCAAAACCCUGAAUUUUAUGAUGAGUUCAAGAUUGAGCUUCCAACCCAGCUCCAUGAGAAACACCAUCUGCUUUUCACCUUCUACCAUGUCAGCUGUGAUAGCAACAGCAAGGCCAGCACCAAAAAGAGAGACCUGGUUGAGACACAAGUGGGUUACGCCUGGCUGCCCUUGCUGAAGGACGGCCGGGUGAUCAUGAAUGAGAGUCAAAUCCCUGUGGCCGCCAACCUGCCUGCUGGAUACCUCAGCUGUCAGGAGGGGGCUGGCAAGCAUUCAGGUCCUGAAAUCAAAUGGGUGGACGGAGGCAAGCCUUUAUUCAAGGUGUCCACUCACCUUGUGUCCACUAUCUACACUCAGGAUCAACAUUUGCACAAUUUCUUUCAUCACUGUCAGAGUAUAGCAUCUGAAGCCCAGGUAUCAGGAGGAGAACUGGUCAAAUACCUGAAGAGUCUGCAUGCCAUGGAGAGUCAUGUAAUGAUCAAGUUCCUGCCCACCACCCUGAAUCAGCUGUUUAGGGUGCUUACCAGUGCCGCCCAAGAGGACGUGGCAGUCAAUGUCACCAGAGUCAUGAUUCACAUUGUUGCCCAGUGCCAUGAGGAGGGGUUGGAACACUACCUGAGAUCUUAUGUGAAGUUUGUAUUCAAGACCGAGCCAUACACGUCCUCCACCACCCGAACAGUGCAUGAGGAGUUGGCUAAAGCCAUGACUGCUAUCCUGAAGCCUUCCACUGACUUUCUCACGAGUAACAAGUUGCUCAAGUACUCCUGGUAUUUCUUUGAAGCCUUAGUCAAGUCCAUGGCUCAGUACUUGAUUGAGAGCUGUAAAGUGAAGCUGUCCAGGAAUCAGCGCUUCUCAGCAUCUUUCCAUCACACAGUGGAGACGUUGGUCAACAUGAUGAUGCCACACAUCACACAGAAGUACAAAGACAACCUGGAUGCCGCCAGGAACGCCAACCACAGUCUGGCAGUUUUCAUCAAGCGUUGUUUCAACCUGAUGGACAGAGGCUUUGUGUUCAAGCAGAUCAACAACUACAUCAACUGUUUUAUGCCUGGUGACCCAAAGACACUGUUUGAGUUCAAGUUUGAGUUCCUGCGUGUUGUGUGCAACCAUGAGCACUACGUCCCCUUAAACCUACCCAUGCCAUUUGUAAAAGGGAGGAUCCUGAGAUUUCAAGACCUCCAGCUGGAUUACUCGCUGACGGAUGACUUCUGUAAGAACCACUUCCUGGUCGGGCUGCUGCUCAGGGAGGUCAGUGCAGCUCUGCAGGAGUUCAGGGAGAUUCGUCAGAUAUCCAUCCAUGUGCUGAAGAACCUGAUGGUGAAGCACACAUUUGAUGACCGCUACACCUCCAAGAGCCAGCAGGCCAGGUUGGCCACCCUCUACUUGCCCUUGUUUGGUCUGCUCCAAGAGAAUGUCAACAGGCUGAAUGUGAAGGAAGUCUCCCCGUUCACCAUCAAUCACUCCAACAAUAAUGGGAGAGAAGAUUCCCUCCUUACCAACGCUUUGAUGACACCUCCCAGGUCCAGCACCUUUCUGGACACCAGCUUGCACAAAGAUGUUUUUGGAGUCAUCUCAGGCACCGCUUCACCUCACACGUCUUCCACCCCCAACAUUAGCUCUGUGCGCCAUGCAGACUCUCGCGGCUCACUCAUCAGCACUGACUCUGGCAACAGCCUGCCUGAGAAGAACAACGACAAGGGCAGCUCUCUGGACAAGAACCAGCCUGCCUCAACCCUGGGCAGCACCCUGCUGCGAUGUGAUAAACUGGACCAGGCAGAGAUCAAGAGCCUCCUCAUGUGUUUCUUACAUGUGCUUAAAAGCAUGUCUGAGGAUGCUCUGUUCACAUACUGGAACAAGGCUUCAUCUGCUGAGCUAAUGGACUUUUUCACUCUAGUCGAAGUGUGCCUCCAUCAGUUCAGAUACAUGGGAAAGAGAUACAUCGCAAGGAACCAGGAUGGGGCAGGACCCGUAGCACAUGAGCGGAAGUCUCAGACUCUGCCUGUGUCUCGUAACAGGGCAGGAAUGAUGCAUGCCCGCUUACAGCAGCUCAGCAGCCUGGAUAACUCAUACACUUUUAACCACACUUAUAGUCACUCGGAUGCUGACGUGUUAAAUCAGUCACUGCUGGAGGCCAAUAUCGCGACUGAAGUGUGCCUGACUGUCCUGGACACCCUCAGUAGCUUCAUUAUGGGUUUCAAGACACAACUGUGCUCCGACCACGGCCACAGUCCACUCAUGAAGAAGGUGUUUGAUGUCCACCUCUGUUUUCUGCGAAUCAACCAGUCAGAAACCGCCCUCAAGCAGGUCUUCACUUCACUGCGCACCUUCAUCUACAAGUUUCCCUGCACAUUCUUUGAAGGGCGUGCUGACAUGUGUGCCGCGUUUUGCUAUGAGAUCUUGAAGUGUUGUAACUCCAAGCUGAGCUCCAUUCGCAGCGAUGCAGCCCAUCUGCUGUACUUCCUCAUGAAGAGCAACUUUGACUACACAAGUCGCAAGUCCUUUGUCCGGACGCACUUACAGGUGGUGAUUGCUGUCAGUCAGCUGAUAGCUGACGUCAUUGGUAUCGGAAGUACCCGCUUCCAGCAGUCUCUGUCAAUUAUCAACAACUGUGCCAACAGUGACAGAACUAUUAAGAACACAGCUUUCCCAUCAGAUGUGAAGGAUCUGACCAAACGCAUCAGGACAGUUUUGAUGGCCACGGCUCAGAUGAAGGAGCACGAGAGGGAUCCAGAGAUGCUGGUGGACCUGCAGUACAGCCUGGCCAAGUCUUAUGCCAGCACACCUGAGCUACGCAAGACCUGGCUGGACAGCAUGGCCCGAAUCCAUGUAAAGAACGGAGACCUGUCAGAGGCGGCCAUGUGCUAUGUGCACGUUGCAGCACUUGUGGCAGAAUACCUGCGGAGAAAAGGCAUGUUCAAGCAGGGCUGCUCAGCUUUCCGUGUUGUCACUCCAAACAUUGAUGAAGAAGGAGCAAUGAUGGAGGAUGUCGGCAUGCAGGACGUCCAUUUCAAUGAGGAUGUCCUAAUGGAGCUUUUGGAGGAGUGUGCAGACGGACUGUGGAAAGCUGAGCGUUACGAGCUCAUCUCCGACAUCUACAAGCUCAUAAUCCCCAUUUAUGAGAAGCGCAGGGACUUUGAGAAACUGGCGCACCUGUAUGACACACUGCAUCGUGCAUACAGCAAAGUGACAGAGGUCAUGCAUACAGGCAAGAGAUUGCUGGGCACCUACUUCAGAGUGGCUUUCUUUGGCCAGGCGGCGCAGUACCAGUUUACUGACUCAGAGGCUGAGGGCUUCUUUGAGGAUGAAGAUGGUAAGGAGUACAUCUACAAAGAACCCAAAUUCACCCCUCUGUCUGAGAUAUCUCAGAGGCUCCUUAAGCUGUACUCGGACAAGUUUGGACAGGAGAACGUGAAGAUGAUUCAGGACUCUGGAAGGAUUAAUCCCAAAGACUUGGACUCUAAGUAUGCAUAUAUCCAAGUGACACAUGUGACCCCUUACCUGGAGGAGAAGGAGUUGGUGGACAGGAAGACAGACUUUGAAAAGAGCCAUAACAUCCGUCGCUUUGUGUUUGAGAUGCCUUUUACCAUAUCAGGCAAAAAGCAAGGAGGCGUGGAGGAGCAGUGCAAACGCAGGACUAUACUAACCACCACACAUUGCUUCCCCUAUGUAAAGAAACGUAUUGCAGUGAUGUAUCAACACCACACUGAUCUGAAGCCCAUCGAGGUGGCCAUCGAUGAGAUGAGCAAGAAGGUUGCUGAGAUCAAGCAGCUCUGCUCCUCCAGUGAGGUGGACAUGAUCCGUUUGCAGCUCAAAUUGCAGGGCAGCAUCAGUGUUCAGGUGAAUGCAGGACCGCUUGCAUAUGCCCGAGCUUUUCUGGAUGAUGCAUGUGCCAAGAAGUAUCCUGAUAACAAGGUCAAACAGUUGAAAGAGGUGUUCAGGCAUUUCGUGGAGGCAUGUGGCCACGGCUUAGGCAUUAAUGAGCGACUAAUCAAAGAGGACCAACAGGAGUAUCAUGAUGAGAUGAAAGCCAACUACAGAGACCUAGCCCGAGAGCUGUCCAUCAUCAUGCAUGAGCAAAUCAGUCCUGUGGAAGAUGGCAUGAAGAGCGUUCUUCCAGAUUCGCUUCACAUCUUUAACGCUAUCAGCGGCACACCAACCAGUGCCACCAUCCAGGGAAUCCCCAGCUCUUCCUCUGUGGUAUGAUGCUAGACUGGGUUAACCUUGCCCGAGGUGCCCCCUGUACUCGCCAACCAGGCAUGCCAGUGAAGCCAUACUGUCACUCCUAAACCGAAUCCUGCUUCUCUUCUUUCGGCUCAAAGGGAAACUGACAAAAGCACCGACAAGUCUCACCACCUCUCACCCUUCUCAGUGGACCAUGACCAAGGCAUUGGACCUUUUUAACGUAUACAGUAGCCAUGGUAACUGUGCUGGGUGUGGCCAAUUUCCGUUUUCUGUGAGAGUACUGAGGUGAGGCCUAAGGCCUGAGGGGACCGUGCAGGAGAGAUGAGAGGACACAGACCCUGCUCAAUGGCCAGACAUAAUGUGUGAAGAGACAAACCUGUCUUCUCCUUUACCUGUUUGUACUUAAAAGACUGGGCAGUUUUUCCAUGGAGACAUUCCUGUUGGGAUCUUUAAUAUGCAUGUCAUUACAAUUCACCCGCACCCUCUCAACAACCCAUUUUUGUUUAUUUUGAUAAUGUUUCACUUUGUGUUUUUUUAUGUACAGUAUUCCAAUUUUAUAAGCCACUGUAUUGAUGUCUUGAUGAACAGUGUAUGCUGCAUACAUCGACACUCAUCUCCCUGUACAUGAAGUUAUAUUUUUACAAAAAUGCUCAUUUGCAAAAGGGCCUCCUAUGUUAGCAUUCAACCUCGAAUCACUUCAAUGUCUUAGAGUGGAAGAGUUUUUAAAUAUUUAAAGCCAUUGCAUACCAAAAGUAUAUUCCAAGUUGUGUAUUAAUGUAUAUAUAAAAAAAAAAAAAAGGAGUGUGUGCAAUAUUUGCAAAGUAUCUAGCUGUGUGGGGCUUAUACACUGUAAAGAAAUGUUCACCUUCUUGCCAAAGCAAUGAGGUGUGGAACCAGACACUACGCCUACUAUGGGAGUAAUAUGAAGCUUUUACCAUUUUUGUGUUCAUUCAAAUGUUCAAGAAAUUGUUUUAUAUUUGGGCAGUAAUGGACUUUUUUUUUUUUUUAAUUUAACACAAAUUCACUGUUCUGCUGUAAACAGAGAUGUUCCUUUAUGCUUUUCUUUUAAAUAAAAUGCACUCA